CGUCCUAUAAGAUCACGGACUGGGAGCCGGGACGGGACAUCACCUCAGGAGGAGAAGGAGAGCAGGUCUACAGCGGCUCACAGAGAAGUUGAACAUCGCUCGCCCAGAGAAAGUGAGGAAGCUGGACCUCUAGCUGUCAGUCAAGUCCAACCUUGCUCUCCCAGAGAGCGAGUAGAAUCAGGAGCAGCAGCAGCAGCUGAGGACCAGCUGGGAGGAAAUGGUGCGUGUGGCUGUGCAGUAGUGUGUGUGUGUGUGGGGGAUGGAGAAGCCGAGGGCCACGGGGGGGUCGGGUGGCGUGGGGGGCCUGGGGACCAGCGGCUGGAGGGCCCUGCUGCUGCCCCAGCUCAACCGCCAGUCGCUGUACGUGUACGGCAGUGAGAUCGCCGUGGAGGAGGAGUGCACUCGGCAGCUGCAGAGCGGAGUCCUGGUCAUCCACCCCUUCAGCCUCAUAAGGAGCUACUACAUCAUGUGCAUGAUGGCCAUCACGUUCCUCAACCUGAUCGGCAUCCCCAUGGAGAUCGCCUUCCUGGACGGGGCGAAUGGCCUUGGCUGGGAACGCUUCAACGUCUUCUCUGACACGCUCUUCCUCAUCGACGUGGCGCUCAACUUUCGCAUGGGCAUCAUCCCAGAGGACAGCGAGGUCGCCAUUUUGGACCUCAAGCAGAUCCGGAUAAGCUAUUUGAGGAGUUGGUUCAUACCAGAUGUGAUCGCAGCAUUCCCCAUCGGAUACAUCCUCUUCUUUGCGGACUUACAGUACAAUAAUGAGGACAACCCCUCCAAGGCAAACAGAAUGAUGAGAAUCCUCAUGUUUGUUCGGAUCCUCAGCCUCAUACGUCUGGUGCGGGUGUCUCGACUUGUGCGCUUCUUCAACGAAGUGGAGAAAGUGUCCAACGCUAACCUUGAGGUGGUGCGGCUCUUCUUCCGUAUCCUGUCCCUGUUCAUGAUGAUCUUCCUACUCUGCCACUGGAACGGCUGCAUCCAGUACUUUGUCCCAAUGCUGGAAGAGUUCCCCGCUGACUGCUGGGUCCGCAAGGAGAACCUCAUGAAUGCCACGGUGAGCGUGAAAUACUCUUGGGGGGUGUUCCGUGCUCUGUCCCAGAUGAUCGCCCUCUCCUAUGGCUCUAUGGAUGCCCCUACAAACUAUGUGGAGUUGUGGAUUGUGAUGGUCAGUAUGAUCUCCGGCUGCAUGAUGUACACGGUGCUGGUGGCCAACGCUACGACCAUGAUAGCCAACACAGACCCCACCGCCAAGGAGUACAAGAGCAAGAUGUGCCGUUUAGAACACUACAUGACCUUCAUGAAGCUACCCCCUGAGCUGCAGCUGCGGAUCAGCAAGUACUACCAGGCGCGCUACGGGGGGAAGUGGUUUGAUGAGAACGACGUCAUCGACACGGUCUCCUCUGCGCUGAAGGAGGAGAUGCUGCUGGCCAUGUGCAGCCGGCUGCUGAAGAAGGUGCCCAUGUUCCAGGACCAGGACGCCCACUUCAUCAACGCUGUGUUGCUCAAACUCAGCUACGAGGUGUUUCUUGAGGGGGACGUGAUCGCCCGGGAGAACGCGCCCGGAGACCGCAUGUUCUUCAUCGACCACGGGGAGGUGGGCCUGGAGGCCGGUUCCUUCCAGAAGGACCUCUGCGAUGGGGACUACUUUGGAGCAGAGAUCUGUGUGCUGACCAAGGGAAAGCAUCUGGCCACAGCGCGGGCGUUGACCGACUGCCAGUGCUUCUCUCUGUCCUGGCAGGGCUUCCAGCAGGCCCUGGUCGGCUUCCCCGACGUCCGCAAAGACCUGGAGAAGCUGGUCCAGCUGCAGGCCGACCAGGGCUCCAACGGGGUGUAGGAGCCCGGGAACACAGAGGAACAGAGCUCUACUGAAUCAACUCGGGUACAAAGACAGCUGCUGGUGGAUGGACUCUUUUUUUCAAGUAUAGGAACACUUGGUUUUAUACAAGAGCUCAAGUAUAAAGUAUAUUUUAAAUGGUUUUAUACUUAGAGUUGAAGGACAUAAAAUAUAUUGUACAAGUAUACAAUUGUAAUCAGUGUAAACCAGGGAUUACUGGUACUAGUAUCCUAACUCUGUGAAUGUAUUGUUGAAAUUAUUUUUAUAAGAGCCAUAUAUUGAUAUUAUUUUGCAAACAUAUCCACGUGUCGGAGAGUGGAAUGCAGGUCUUCUGCUUGGAUUAUAAGAAUGUCUUUUUCGCAACAGUAACUUUCCGUCUACAGUAUACAGCUUUGACUCCUGGCUCAUUGCCAUAAUGUGUGGUGAUUUUAUGAUGAUGUUGAACAGUUUUAAGUUUCAAGCGGUGAAUAACAUGUGCAAUAAAUACAUCUUUGU